CUCCGACAACGCCAGAGCUCCAUCACCGCCUUCAGCUUGCUACCUGCGUUUAUUACCGCUGAUUCGCUUCAUUCCCACGUCCCCUUUUCUUCUUCCCCAAUCUUCCUUUUGACUCUGCAACCUUCACCUCACAGAAUACCGCCAUGGACCGGUUAAGUCGCAUGCUCCAAGGUAUGGGCGGUAUGGGCGCCUUGGGCGGCGGACCCGCGCAAGACAGCAACUUAAUCGACAACUCCGAAACCGUGUACAUAUCGUCGCUCGCGCUCCUCAAGAUGCUACGGCAUGGCCGGGCAGGUGUACCGAUGGAGGUCAUGGGUCUGAUGCUGGGCGAGUUCGUGGACGACUACACCGUCAGAGUCGUGGAUGUGUUUGCCAUGCCGCAGUCCGGGACGGGCGUGUCGGUUGAGGCCGUGGAUCCGGUGUUCCAGACGAAGAUGAUGGAUAUGCUGAGGCAAACGGGGAGACAAGAAACGGUAGUAGGCUGGUACCACUCUCACCCGGGUUUUGGCUGCUGGCUCUCGUCCGUCGACAUCAACACGCAGCAAUCCUUCGAACAGCUCACCCCGCGCGCCGUCGCCGUCGUCGUCGACCCGAUCCAAUCCGUCAAGGGAAAAGUCGUCAUCGAUGCCUUCCGCCUCAUAAACAUGCAAACCACCAUGAUGGGACAGGAACCGCGGCAAACGACGUCCAACGUUGGACACCUGAACAAGCCGUCAAUACAGGCGCUGAUCCACGGGCUGAAUCGGCACUAUUACUCGAUUGGGAUCAAUUACAGGAAGACGGCGUUGGAGGAGAAUAUGCUCAUGAACCUGCACAAGCAUGUGUGGACGGAGGCGCUUCUAAUGGAGGAUUUCAGGGAAGAGGGGGAGAGGAAUAAGGAGAGGCUGAAGAAGCUGGUCAGCCUGGCGGAGGGGUACGAGAAGCGGGUGAAGGAGGAGACGGAGUUGACCAAGGAGCAACUCAAGACGAGAUAUGUGGGGAAGGUGGAUCCGAAGAAGCACCUCGAAGAUUUGGGCCAGCAGCUCAUUGAAGACAACAUUGUGUCGGUAUCACGGCAGAUGAUCGACAAGGAGGCGUCAGUGCCCAAGUCGACGCCGAAAGCGAAGGAGGAGGCGAAAGGCGAGGACGUGGAUAUGGACGAGUAGAGUGCGCAUACCUACCGUGGUGUACUUGUAGCGAAUACCAAAGUCAGGGAUAUAGACGGUGGCGUUGGGCCAGGCAGCACAUUCCGUGCCGACAUGUGCAACAUUGAACUGAUGGUGCCGGAUGGGAUGCGGCACGAGAGAGUGAAGACAGGGGCGGUGAAGGGAAGCGUGGUAGAUUUUAAUGCGAUGGUCAUGACGGGCGGCUACAGAUCUAUUAUCCGUGCCAAACAACAAAAUACCCACCACCACAUCUACCCACCUGGGCACCCAGGUAGCCCCAAAUCGUGAAAUGGUCGUUAGAUAGAAGCUGUCCG